AUGGACAACGGGGUGUUGAAGGUUGUGGCGAUCGGAGGGAGCGUAACUUUCGGUCGUAACUGUGAAUCUCCGAACGGUCUCACCUUCAACGCCUGUGCAUGGCCACAUCGCCUGGAGCAGUGGUUCCAGGAAAAAGUAGGAGACUUCGAAGUCGAGGUGGUGAACGAAGCCGUACCGGGCGAAGGAAUGAUUGACUUUCUGCACAAAACAAUCAAAAGUGCUUUGCCGGUGGACCUGAAAGUGGAUCUCGUCAUCGUCGACUUUGGGGUAAACGAUGCGAUUCUCGACCACUUCGAUCUUGACGACGUGAAAAUGGCCCACGAAACAUUCAUCGGCCACAUUAGAAACGCCAUGACAAGUAAGCCGGCGCUCCUUUACGCGGAAAGCUACAUUUCACCACACCUUGUGGCUAUUCACUGGGCGCCAGGCAGGAACAUGGCGGAGGUGCACGCAAAUGUGACGCAGAAACAUGAUAUACCCAUGGUGCAACAGCUCAUGGCCGACGUCGUCGUGUACUACAUGCAGAAGUCACACGCCAGAUUCCUGGAGGCGAACGGGGAGAUCGCGUGCGGUGACGAGGUGGUGAAAGACCCAUUGCCCAACCCCAGCGUAGACGAACGAGAGCUUGAGCGAUUCAAGAACGGAUUGGGUUGCCUCGAGAGUACCAACGCCUUUGAGCUUGAGCUGGGGGGCUAUCUUGGAACUCCUCCUCCUAGCGAACUAGUGUCGACCAACGGAUGGUCCAUCUUACAACUCGCUGGGGCGCCGGGACUGACGGGCUUCGGGAACUCCUCUUCAAAUCCGGCCGUCGCGGUAUUCGACCUACCGUGCGUCGGUGAAAAACAGAUUCUGGAUGUAGAGUAUCUUGUGAGCUACGAGGGCAUGGGUGCUGUGAAAGUGUCCGUGGGCCAGGUGGAUGCACACGGAAGUUCCGCGGCAAAUAACAGCACCUCUGUUGUAGUUGUUGAUGGGUUGUGGGGAUCACACGUUUCGAUUCCUGCUUUCGAGACUAUCGACAUUCCAGACAAGGGCACGAGCGCACCAGAGUCGAUGGUUCGGGUCACUUUAGAAAUUCUGUCCGUCGAGGGAGAAAGAUUAUAUACCCCCCACCUUUUCGCCGGGGUUGGGAACGAUGAGAAACAGACGAGUGUACGGGGAGAUCGUAAAUUUAAGCUUCUUAGCCUUCAGUGCUGUUGA